UACUGCCAGGCGGAGGAAGGAGUCCAGGAAACACACACAGAGAUCAGUCGGACCUAAGCAGCUGUUUCCAGGAGCUUCUCCUGCAGCCUCAGAAGAGCGUUGGAUUUUCCCUCUUGAUUCAUCUUCCCAUGGAGGCAUCUGGAGAGGCUUGUGCUCCAGGACUUAUCCUGUAACCUGUGGCAGUGUGGGAGACUUUAGCAGCGGGACGAGCCUGGCUGGGUUUUCUUCUUGGGCUUAUUGCUCGUGUUACCUGUCGCAUCAUGUUGUGCUGCUGCUGUUUUUAAGCAUGAAUCCUGUCAACAGUUUGGACUGUGUGUGAGAGCCGGCCAGAGUUUCUGUUUGUUUGUGUGUGAAUGUGUGUGUGUGAGGAUGAGUGUUCCCAUGUUGAAGAUUGGCGCUGUGCUCAGCACCAUGGCGAUGGUAACUAACUGGAUGUCCCAGACCCUGCCGUCGCUGGUGGGACUCAAUGGAACCAUCAUUUCCCCUGAGGGCACACAUGAGCGGAUCGUCAGUGGUCUGUACCCGGGCUCAGAGGAGGGCUGGCAGGUGUACAGCACGGCGUCUGAUCCGGACGGCAGGUGUGUUUGCACGGUGGUCGCUCCGGCUCGAAACCUCUGCAAACGAGACCCUCGGAGUCGACAACUACGCCUGCUGACUGAACAGGUUCAGAAUGUGAGUCAGUCCAUGGAGGUGGUAGACCUGCGGACAUCCAGAGACCUGCAGUAUGUCCGAGACUCUGAGCCGCUGCUGAGAGGAGUGGACGGACGUUUACACACAUAUGUCUCCAACCCACGCACUCUGACGACUAAGGGCCUGCAGAAAGGACAACAGAAAGAUAACGACAGCAGCUCAGUCCCUAGAGCUCUCUCUCUUAAUAUCUGCCUAGACCAAUAG